CUGCCAUCAGCUUUGUUGGGUUGCUACCUGCUACUGCUAACUAGCGAGUGUUUCCUGCCUGGGACUGGACACAGCGAUGGACAUCGACGGGCUAUUGGAAGCGAUUCAAGAUUUUGAGAAGAAAAGCAAGAAAAAGACCUGUCCUGUUCUAGAGCAAUUCUUGUGUCAUGUUGCUAAGACAGGGCAGCCAAUGAUCCCGUGGUCGCAGUUCAAAACGUACUUCUUGUUUAAGUUGGAAAAAGUCAUGGAUGAUUUCCAUGCUUCAACACCAGAACAAAGAGGACCACAUAAUCCCAAUGUAGACUAUGUUCCCUUUGAAGAAAUGAAGAUGAGGAUCUUAAAAAUAGUGGAUGGUUACAAUGGAAUCCCAUUCACCAUCCAGCGUCUAUGUGAACUCCUUACGGACCCCAAGCGCAACUACACAGGAACAGACAAGUUUCUCAUGGGUCUAGAGAAGAACGUAAUGGUGGUCAGCUGUGUCUACCCCACAUCAGAGAAAAAUGGGGCAUCCAGUGUAAACAGAAUGAAUGGAGUGAUGUUUCCUGGUAACUCUACUCUAUAUUCUGACAGUCGAAAUGUAAAUGGACCAGGCACACCAAAACCGCUCAACAGACCAAAGCUGUCAAGUUGUCAUUCGCUUUCGACCAACGGGCUCCCUGACUGUCCUGUCAGUAAAGAGCCAGAGCCAACCACAGAGGAGGUGGCGGAGCACCGUAUCAGUGAUUCCUCGCCAUCAGAAGGUGAAAUUACACCAAACAGCGGCAUUAAGAACAAGCACCCCGAGGAGGAGGAGGAGCAGGAUUCUGAUGCUGACAAGCAUGAGGUCAAGAGGCUCAAGUUUGACGAAAAGGAAGAGGAUAAAACAGAAGAAGAAGAAGAAAAGGAGCCAUCUUCUUGUAAAGAGUCAGAGAGCUUGUCAGACUCUCCGAAAGAUUCUUGCAGUCAAGAGUACGAAAGCGGAACAUCUUGUGACACACCUGCUGUUUCAGAGGAUCAUGAGCCCAGCAGCACACAGACAGAGCCUUCUGAAGGGGGAGAAGACUUGUCUGAGAGGGGGAAUGUCCACAGUCUGGAGAAUGACAGCACUGCACAUGAACCUGAGGAGGCUGCUCCAUCGGAGAAGACUACAAGCUUUGAGCAGGAAAAUGGGGAGCGCAGCAGCAGCAGCGAUGGAGACGGCCUACCCAGUGACAAGCAGGUCCCUUCUUCUAGUAAUUCACCUGACUUGUCAACAGAGGGCAGCACUGACGAUUCAAGCAGUGCAAAGACUGCAAUAGAGCCUGGUGAACAGGACUAACUUGAAGCCCAGCCGGCCAACUGACUAUUUUUACACUGUAUGAUACCACACCAAGGGUAUAUCUGUAGCACUGUGGACCUCUAGACUUCAGGACCAGGAGCGAUGUGGGCCUUGAGAUUCCUCACAGAAGAAUCUUUUUGUCCGCUUCAGUUUCAGCUACUCGAGGCCACACGUGGCCUGGUCUUUAAACUGGAAGGAAAUGAUUUUAAAGAAGAUUAUGGAGACUCUGCUUUUUUCACUGUUGGCUAAAAUUUUUUCUAAUCUUUUUUCCUAAUUUUUAUAACUGAGCAUUAUAAUGUAACAUUGAUAACUGAUGUAUUCAACAAUUUCAUUAGUUUAUUUGGCAUGAAUUUCCCAAAAAGAAACAUUGGACAGUUUGAGUUUUGACCUAAGCCUAGAUGUUUUGACUGUCUUGCUGGUGAAUGUGUGUCUCUCCAGUUGAAUGAGGACACAUGCCAUUAAGAAUGUGAAGCAACACUUCACAGAUUUCUUUUUCUAUGAAGCACAUACAUUAAAAUGUAUUACUUAUUAACAUUAUAUUGCACUUGUUUGCAUUGAGCCCUUGAAGGAUGUGGAAAAUGUCACAGUUUUGCUUUGUCAUUGUAUGGAGCCAGUAAACACACAGCAUCGUCAGUUGUACCCAGUUUGGUUAGACAGGAUAUUGGUUUGGCUUAAGGGAAGCAAUUUCUGCAUUUUAAUCUGUCAACAGAACACAGAGUACAUUUUCACCUUCUGUAUGUCAUACCUUAGUUGUACACAUGUUCCUUUUGAUAACUUGGAUUUUUACAGUAUGUAUCAGUAAAUCAGUUUUUGUAGACUUGUAAUACAUGUCCACUGCCUUCAUAGAACUGAUAAACGCUGGAAAUGGAAUGCUUGAGCUUGUAUCAUAGUAUUCAUGGAAAGCAAUAAACGCAAAUUUAAAGUGUG